AUGGAGAAAUCAAGAGGCAGUAUCGGCUCAGUCGAAAAUGCCCAACUAGGCUCAUACCAAGAUGAACAGCUCUUCAGACUGGGCUAUGCGCCGCAGAUGCGGCGCACGCGCUCGCUCUGGAGCAUGCUGUUCAUGUCCCUGUCGAUUGCGUCUAUUCCCUAUGGUAUCGGCAGCUCCCUCAUGAACGCCGUCUAUGGCGGCGGACAACUCUCUUUGUUUAUUGGACUUCUGCUGGUGCUGGCGCUGGACACCUGUGUUGCCGUGUCUCUUUCAGAACUCGCAUCGAGAUACCCAACCUCCUCAGGGAUCUACCACUGGUCUUUCAAGCUACUGAAGGGCACAGGGAGCAGGAAAUUCAUAUCGUUCGUCACGGGCUGGAUUUGGCUCAUUGGAAACUGGACCAUCUCCCUCUCCGUGAACUUCGGCGUUGCAUCUCUUAUCGUGGGUACAGUCGCAAUCUUCUAUCCAACAUGGACAGCCUCAUCGUGGCAAUUGCUGCUCGUCUUCUACGCCGUUUGCCUGAUCGUUUUCGUCAUCUGCUUCUUCCUUGACAACUACCUCCCUCUCAUCGAUACGAUCUCCGCCGCCUGCUCGGUCGUCACAUGCAUCGCUCUCUGCAUCACUCUUCUCGUUCUCGCCAAGGAGGGUCGCCACGAUGCCUACACCGGCUUCGUGGGUUAUGACCCUAGUUUCUCGGGCUGGGAGGAGAAUUUCACCUUCUUCAUCGGCUUGCUUCCACCCGCCUAUGCCUUCUCCGCCCUGGGCAUGGUAACCUCCAUGGCUGAAGAAUGCACAGACCCGGAAAUCCAAAUCCCCAUGGCCAUGAGCCUGGUGCCCCUCGUGGGCGGUGCUGCCGCCGUCGUCUUCUUGUUGCCCAUUUGCUUCACCCUCCCACCACUAGCAGAGAUCAUCAACGCACCCUACGGACAAGCCUUGCCCUACAUCAUCCACUUGGUGACGCAGUCAAAGGUCGCAUCGAUCCUUCUCAUGGUUCUGGUGUUGAUCGUUGCACUUUUCUGCUCCGUCAGCAUCACCACCACCGCUGGCCGUUGCACCUGGGCUUUCUCUCGUGACAAUGCCAUCCCCAUGUCUCACCUCUGGUCGCAGACUGUCUGGGACAGCCCGCUCGCCGCUCUGGUCUUGGUGACCGCGAUCGAGAUGCUUCUGGGACUGAUCUAUUUGGGAAGCAGCAGUGCGUUCACAGCGUUUGCGUCUGUGGGUGUUAUUGCGCUGGCGGUUGCUUAUGCGAUUCCCGUCGCGAUCAGCUUGUUCGUCGAUCGCCGACAGCAGAUUCAAGAGGCACGCUGGAAGCUUAGCCCUGUCCUUGGAAUUACAGCAAAUGUGCUUGCCAUCUCGUGGAUUGCUUUCCAGGUGAUUCUGUUCAGUAUGCCUGUUACACUGCCUAUCACCGUUGAAACGAUGACCUAUGCGUCCGUUGUGUUUGUUGGAUUCAUUACUUUAAGUAUGAUCUGGUAUAUGGUGUACGGCCGCAGAAAUUACCGCGGUCCUGUUGAAGAGGUUGAUCCUCUGGAGGAAUGA